CAGCGAUUGUAUUCGUUUAGAACAGAUUUUUAUACUAAGCCUAUAAAAUAAUGCUGAACAUUUUUAUGCAUGAUUUUUGGAACUUUGGUGUGAUUUCAUAAAGUAUCAAGUAAUGAAUGUAAGAUGAUUGGAUGCAGCAGAAAUGAAUUCUUUUGAACGAGCAGUUGAUUAUGCUGAGUACCUGGUGGAGUUAAGUAAGCAGAAUCCAGCAGCUUUGUUGAGCAAUCCAGUCAACACUUCAAGUAAAGGGAAGUCUAUUCACCAGAAGUUAUUGGAACUUUAUAUUGAAGAAACUGGUAAACAAUCAGAUGAAAAGAAAUUACAGUGUAACACACAUUUGCUGAGAAAGUUAGUGCGACGUGAAAAAUUAAACUGUUUGAUAUUAAACCUGUAUCCCGGUAACGAUGGUUACUCUUUGAUGUUGAGAAGUAAAACUGGUGUAGAAACUGAAACAUGUAAACUUCCAUAUGAGGUGACAGAAUUGCUAGACUACAUAGAUGAUUCAGAGCUUCCUCCAUUCCUUGUAGAUGUGCUGGAGAAAGCACAGGUGAAUGUUUUCUACAAUGGUUGUGUUAUAGUGGAGGUGAGAGAUUUCAGGCGAGCUACUAAUGGAACAUUUGACAUGCAAUAUGUUCUCCUUAAACCAAAUACACAGACUUUGUUAAGCGACAUCAACAAUUUAACAAAUGACGGCAAUGUUUGGACACAGGAAGAUCUGUUUAUGUUGGAGAGCAAGUUACUUCUGGCUACAGAGGAACCACUGUGCCUCGAUCCAUCACCAGCUGUGGUACUAGUGGCUAACCGGCAACAAUAUGACAGGAAGAAACUUAACACUCCCCUCCUGAAGAGGUAUGUAAAAAAGUAUAACCAGUCUGCCGCCAACAGAAAGCGAAAAUUUGCUGCAUGUAGUGCACCUAGUGAACUUAAACUUCAUGACUUCAUCAGUAAAAAGAAGGAUAAAAAGACGAGCAGUAAAUUUGGAAAAUCUGCUGUUGACUACUGGAAACAAAGUCCUGUAAUAUUAUCAGCACCAGAAAGUGUGGAUGUGGAGAGGUUUGCUAAAAUCAUGGAAAAACCUGAGAAAAACAGUGUUAAAGACAACACCCUGAAUCUAGUAGAAGAGCAUGUAUUAGAGAGAGACGGUAUGCAGGAUAAGAAGUUACUGGCCAAACUGACCAUCUACCAUCGUCCUGGUGAUGAUGCUCAUCUAGGUGAACUUUACCUUGAUCAUGACUACAUAGAGGAGAAAUCUAAAGGAGCUACUUGCAGAUUUCUGCUUGGAAAUAAAGAUUCAGUCAAAAAAUAUUUAGAUCAGUUCAGGGAGAUAUUUACAGAGGAAGGUCGAAGGGCUGUUAAGAUCACCACACAGAGACCGGGUCAGGCUCCUAUAGUAACCUGUACACAGACAACACCAACAACCAUUGCCACGGCAACAGUAAACCAAACUGCUACCAAACCUGUAUCUACUGCUGCACAGGCUGUAGAGUUAUCUCAAAGUGCUACUAUGAGUCUAGGUAGUUUAAAGAGAUCUAUGCCUAUACAGUUAUCAUUGUCUAUAGGUCCUACCUUAGGUACAGCCCAGGCUGCACAGCAGAUCCAGCAAGCAGGUACAUCUAGUCAGGCAGCCAAUCAAUUCAACUUAACAUGCAGUCUUCAUCCAUCAACCAAUCACCAUUAGCGACACAGAGAUUACAGCAAGCUAGCCAGUCACAGUCUGCUUCUCAGAGGUUGAAACAGCUUGGAAUACACACCAGUAUAGCUUCCAGAAACAACACACCAACAGCUAGUCCUGUCACCUCACAGCCUCCUAUUGGUAAAUGUU